AUGGUGGCUUCGCGUUCUACUGGAGUUUUUUUUACGAGUGUCCCUCUAUUCGUGGAGGCGCAAAGUCUUCGAAAACAUUUUGAGAGCGUUGGCCACAUCACUGACUUCCACCUUUUGGGCCCGACACCAGGAAGGGACUUCCGCUACGGUUUUGCCGACUACCUGGAUGUCGCCAGUGCAGAGGAGGCCAUUCAGCGGCUCAAUGGCACCUCCUUCGGCGAACGUACGAUGAAAGUCAUGUCUGCGGCAAACCCACGACCUAGAAAGCGCAAUCGACAGCAUAUGCAUACACAUGAUCCACCGGUGCGUGGUGGAAUGACGUUCCCACGCGGCUACGUUGACCCCUUGCUAGGCCGAGAUGACACCAAUAUCUUGGAAUGCUUGCAGCAUAUGCCUGUGUCUGAUGCUUACGAGGCAGUGGAGCAACUUCGCGUCUUGGUGCUGGAGCGGAAGGAUGAGGCGCGGAAGCUGCUUGAUAGUUGUCCAGCACUUCGGCUAGCCGUCGUGAUGAUUCUGCAGCAUGCAGGGCGUUUACCGUACGGUCCGCUUCCAGUGGAGGCGGUGCGGCACACGGAGGCUCGGCCAGUUAACGCGGUCCCAACGACGAUGGAGGAUGAUACUGCAGAGAAGAAGGCUGAACCCACAAAUGAGGAACGCGACGAGGUGAUUGAAAUUCUGACGAAACUCAGUGAGGAGGAUGUGGAGCGCAUUGUCACUAUGCGUGAUGAGGACCUUGACCGCAUUCCUGACCUUGUACAGAGGCAGCAGAUGACCGUGCUACGGGCCCGUUUAUUGGAUAUGGCGGGCGACCUUGAAUAG